AUGCCCGGGCUCACGGCGCCGUCCGACUACGCGGAGGAGCCGCCGCGUCACCCGGCCCUCAAGAUCAACUCCAAGGAGCCAUUCAAUGCUGAGCCUCAGCGAUCGGCACUAGUAGCAUCUUACAUCACCCCAGUGGAUUUCUUCUACAAGAGGAAUCAUGGACCCAUCCCUAAGGUCGAGGACCUCUCAAGAUAUACUAUUUCCAUUUCUGGUCUCGUCAACAAGUCUAUUCAGCUAUCCAUGGCUGACAUUUGGGCUCUUCCAAAGUACAAUGUCACAGCAACUUUACAGUGUGCAGGAAACAGGAGGACUGCGAUGAGUAAGGUACGAAAAGUGAGAGGUGUUGGGUGGGACAUAUCUGCUCUUGGAAAUGCAACUUGGGGAGGUGCCAAACUAUCUGAUGUCCUUGAGCUAGUUGGAAUACCAGAACUCACUUCAGUCACAUCUCUAGGAGGGAAGCAUGUUGAGUUUGUUAGCGUUGACAAGUGUAAAGAGGAAAAAGGCGGUCCUUAUAUGGCAUCUAUUCCAUUAAAGCAGGCAACAGAUCCUGAUGCUGAUGUAUUACUUGCGUAUGAAAUGAAUGGAGAGGGUUUUUUUAUGCAAAAAGAUUACAAAAUGUUUCCACCAACUGUGGAUUGGGACAAUAUUAAUUGGUCAACUAGAAGGCCACAAAUGGAUUUCCCUGUACAGUCUGCUAUCUGUACACUGGAUGAUGUAGAUGUUAUCAAGGAAGGGAAGGCUAGGAUUGCUGGAUAUGCACUUUCAGGUGGUGGCCGUGGCAUUGAGAGAGUGGAUAUAUCUGUUGAUGGGGGUAAAACAUGGGUUGAGGCUCGUAGAUAUCAGAAAGACAAUGUGGCAUAUGUAUCAGAUGGACCUCAAACUGAUAAGUGGGCUUGGGUUCUCUUUGAGGCUACAUUAGACAUACCAGCAAAUGCUGAGAUUGUUGCUAAGGCGGUGGACUCAGCUGCAAAUGUUCAACCUGAAAAGGUAGAAGACAUAUGGAAUCUGAGAGGAAUCCUCAACACAUCUUGGCAUCGGAUCAAAAUACAGAACUCUUCAUGCGUAGGAAGAUCUAAGCUGUGA